AUGUUGUUCCCCGAAGAACACGAAAACGACCUCAAACUCUUCCUCGUCCAAAAGAUCGAAAAGACGCCCGACGCUGACGAGGUCGACGCGGAGGUGCUCGCGGAUUAUGUCCUUGCUUUGCUGAAGCAUGAUGGGGAUGUAGAGAGUGUGAGGCAGACUUGCGUGGCUAGCACGCAGCAGUUUGUCGACGGGAUUUUAGAGGCGAUUACGUUCAAGACUUAUCUUCCGAAUGCGCUUCCGCCACCACCACCACCGCCGCCGAUGACGGGGUUGUUGUACGAUGAUGAUCAGGCUGGGAAUGGGUAUCUACGACAGGGGCAAGCAGCGGGACAACAGAAUAAUGGGUUUGGGGGAGGGGGAGGGGGAAACAGGAAGAGGGGGUAUAAUGAUCUGGAUAGCCCUGCGACUGGGGCAGAGGCUUAUCAUGCCCGGGCUUUUAAGCAGCCCAGACGGGGGAGUGCUGGGAGGGGGUUUGAGCAGUCGCUGCUGGGGUCGAGUGGUGGUGGGUUCUUGGAUCCGGAGUAUGCGGCCAAGUUUAUGUUUAAUGUGUUGAAUCAGCCCGAGUUUAUGGCCGCUGCUGCGCAGAAUGGAGGUGGAGGUGGGGGGGGGGGGAGGAACAAGAAGAAGAAGAGGGCGCCAAAGUGUAGGGAUUAUGUCAACAAGGGGGUUUGUCCCAGGGGGUUCAACUGCAGGUUUGAUCACUCGAGUGAUGAUCCGGCGGGUUUUGGUGGGGGUGGGGGGUUUGGGCAGGUAGAAGAAUACGAUCCAGCUAAUGCCCUCAUGACAAACACGUUUCCGCAGCCGGGUGCUGGCCUUCCAGGGAUGCCUUCUUUCGGCGAAAUGUUUGCUCAGAGCCAGCCGAAACAGCACAACUCCCACCGGUCUAAGGGGCAGGGUGGGAACCGCGGCGGUCGCCAAAAGCGAGGUGGUGGGGACAGAUCAACUUUCUCAGCAGAGGGACCAGUAAGUGAUCGGACCAAGUCGACCAUCGUGGUGGAGAGCAUCCCAGAGGAAAACUUCGACGAGGAUCAAGUUAGAGACUUUUUCAGCCAGUUUGGGAACAUCCUCGAGGUGAAGAUGUAUCCAUACAAGAGACUGGCCGUGGUCAAGUUUGACUGCUGGGAGGCUGCCAAUGCGGCGUACAAGUCGCCAAAGGUCAUCUUUGAGAACCGAUUUGUGAAGGUGUUCUGGUUUAAGGACGAAGAACAAAUUGCACCACCUCCUGGGAAACAGGGUGGUGGUGUGAAUGGGGGUGCCUCUGGGCAAGGGGGAGAGGAAGCACCGGAGAAUGUGCCGCUGACCGAGGAGCAGUUGGAGGAGAUUAGGAAACGGCAGGAGGAAGCGCAGAAGGUAUUUGAGGAGAAGAUGAGGAAGAGGGAGGAGUUAGAAAGAAAACAGAAGGACAUUGAUGAGCGGCAGAAGGAGCUUCUUGCUGCCCAGGAGGAAUUGAAGGCGAAGCUGGCGAGGAAAGGGGAGGGUGUGGGGGAUGGGGAAGGUGAGGGUUCGACGUCAAAGCAGCCUAUGACGCAGUCAGAAGCUCUGAGGGCUCAAUUGGCUCGGUUGGAGGAGGAAGCUAGGCAGAUCGGGCUCGAUCCCCAUGCCGAAAUGGAUGGGGAGGAAGGGUUAGAGGCCAGCUGGGGUGCUCCGAGAGGGGGUUACUAUGGCCGUGGAAGGGGGGCUCCGUGGCGAGGAGGCUUUGUUCCUCGGGCUCGCGGAUUUGCGUCGAGAGGGUUCCGGGGGGGUUUUCGUGGGAGAGCCGACGUUCACGCGGCUUAUGCGGCUUAUUCGCUUGAUAACAGACCAAAGAGGGUGGUGGUUUCGGGUGUGGAUUUCACAGAGGGCCAAAGGGACGAGGUGCUUCGGCAGUAUCUCUUUGGUGUUGGCGAAUUCACCCACAUCAACCACAGCUCCAGCCCCCCAACAACCGAAAUAACCUUCAAGGACCGCAAGACAGCCGAGAAGUUCUACAACAGCGUCAGCCUCAACGAUUACACCAUCCCCGAGAUCGAAGGGCAGGUCGAGUUGUCAUGGGCUAGUCCCUCAUCCUCUUCGACGGCACUGUCGACGCCUACGGCAAGCGGGUUCAGCCACGUCAAUGGUGUCGCUACGAAUAAGUCCACUGGGGUCACCGCUCAGAACGGUGAUGAGGACGGACAUGAUCAGGAUCAUGAUGGGGAGAGUGUUGAUGACGAUAGGGACGUCAGGAUACUGCUUGACCAUCAGCCGGAGCAAGAGAAGGAUAAGGACAGGGAGCAGAAUGAGAUGGAUUAUGAGGUUGCUGAUGAUGCGGAUCAGUGGUAUUAGCACUACCACCGUUCUAGAAGAUAGGCGGGUGUCUCAUUGGGGGUGGAGAAGGGGAUAAGGGGGCUGAGAGUGUUGUGAAUUCAUGUAUAUAUUAUUGGGGUAGGGUUGUUGGAUCAUUGCUUGGUAUGCAUGAUGGGCUUGGUGUGGGUUUCCUCCGUUGCUGGCUGCUCUGAAUGGGGGAUAAUCGGUGGGCAUAUUCAUCCGAGGGAUGAGGGUGGGAUGGAUACACUGGGAAAAUGUAUGGAUAUGGGUGGCUGUUGUCUUGUGCAUGGUUUACACCUUGGACAUUUUGGCCUGGGUGAUAGCGAUGGCUUUCCCUGCUGGAUGAAAAGUCCUAUCAGGCAAUCUUGAACGGAAAAGAGUUUGAUCACAACUGUCUGAGCCCAUGCCAAGUAGAGUUUGUAUCACGACAAACAUGCUUCAAAAGCCUCAUAGGCAUAAA